AUGUCAUCACCAACUAUAUCAACAAAUAAUGGAAAUGAUUCAUCAGAUGAUGUUGUACCUGAACCAAAAUGUUCAACAAGUAAAAGUCGUUUAGCUGCAAAUGAUGUACUUGUAAAAUUAGUUCAAAAUUGUCUUAGACUUUAUAAUGGUGGUGCAACAUGUUAUAUGAAUUCAAUUCUUCAACAAUUGUCUAUGUUACCACAAAUAUCUGAACAUAUAUUAAGUGUUCCUGAUGAUCUUGAUAGUGCUAAUAGAACAACUAAAACAAGUGAUUCAAAAUUUAUUUUAUCAACCUCAACAAGUAUUUGGUCAUUUAAUGGAAAGUAAAAUGAAAUAUUCAUACUGAAACUAUACAAUAAUGAAUAGUAUCUCUACCACAUAUUAGAAUUUAAAUGUUAUUAUACUUGGUAUUAUUAUUGGACUCUCAUAUUCAACUUAAAUAUAUCAUCAAGUUUAUUAUAUAUAUAUUUAAAUCAUGUCCUUAUCGAGUACUGGAAUUUCAUGUUAUUGCAUUUAAUCUGACUGUUUAAGAUAACCUUACAUUUAAUCUAAUGAUUAAUUAUAAUUAUAACACAACUCAUAUGUUUCCAUUUCAACUCUUCUCUGAAUGGGUACACUAAUAAUGUAGAAAAACUUGUUCGUCGCAUAUUUAUGUUGCUUUUGUUCUUGUUUUCUACAAAAAUUUAAUUUUUCAUUUUGUUCCUGAGGAUGUGACCAGACGGGCCAUGAAAGCUUGAAUGUAAAUAUUUUUCUGAUGAAAAAUUAACAAAAAUAAAUAUGAUUUUCACAGCAGUUAUCUCGUUUCUUUUUUAUUAUUCAAAUAUUUCAUAAAUUAUUUCAUUUGCUAAAUCUUUAAAAAAAAAUAUCGAAAUAAAAUAAAUGAUAAUUAUUAGAUUCUACACAAAUAACUUGUUUCCGUUGAUUGUGAACACUAAAAAAAAGAAAAUAAGAUUUAUUAAACCAAAUCAUAAAAUCUAACUUUCUUCUUGUAAAUUUCGUUUUUUAUUUUCAUUAUAAUGUUGAAAUAUAUCAUCUAGUUGUUGUUUUGUUCAUUCCAUAUUUAAAAUAAUAAAUGAAAAUGUUAACAAUGAUCGAGAAAAAGAAAGGACUACAU